CAGUUGUGUUCAGGGUGACCUGGGACCUGCUAUACCCAUACCAGCAGAGGACAACCAGUGUCACUGGACAUAUCAAGGAUCAUUUCACUAGGCUGUUGAGGUUUCAAACAGUGUCAUGGAUGUACUCGCUUUAGAGGCAAAGACUGGUGGGAGUAGCGCAGAACCUGAGAAGAAAUCUGCACCAAGGCCGAAACCUAAACCUCCCAAAAAGGCCAAAAGGAUUGUUUACUUUGAGGUGGAGAUUGUGGAUUUAAAGACUAAGGAGAAACUGCUACUGCUGGACAAGGUGGAGCCAACUGCCACUAUUUUGGAUAUUAAGGCUUUGUUUCACAAAUCAUAUCCAAAGUGGUAUCCAGCCAGACAAUCCCUGCGUUUGGAUGCAAAGGGCAAGUGUCUCAGGGAUGAGGAAGUUCUCCAGACACUUCCUGUGGGAACCACAGCCAGCUUUUACUUCAGUGACCUAGGACCCCAAGUCACAUGGGGAACUGUGUUCCUGACAGAGUGUGCUGGUCCACUGCUCAUCUACUUAAUGUUCUACUUCCGUCUGCCCUUCAUCUAUGCUCCGAAAUACGACUUCACCAGCAGCAAGCACUGGGUUGUACACUUGGCCUGCAUGUGUCACUCCUUCCACUACAUAAAGAGGAUUCUGGAAACGUUGUUCGUCCAUCGUAUCUCCCAUGGGACCAUGCCUCUCAGAAACAUAUUUAAGAACUGUGGCUAUUACUGGUGCUCUGCAGCUUGGAUGGCGUACUACAUUAACCACCCUCUCUACACCACACCAUAUUACGGGGAGCAGCAGGUGAAUAAGGGACUUUACGUUUUCUUGUUCUGUCAAGUAGGGAAUUUUUCCAUCCAUGUUGCGCUUCGUAACCUCAAAGCAGCAGGUUCAAAAAUGAAGAAGAUUCCUUACCCAACGAAAAAUCCAUUCACAUGGAUUUUUUGGCUGGUUUCUUGUCCAAACUAUACAUAUGAGCUGGGUUCCUGGAUCGGCUUCACAGUGAUGACCCAGUGUGUGCCUGUGGCUUUCUUCACUGUCGUGGCCUUCAUCCAGAUGACUGUGUGGGCCAAAGGCAAACACCGCAGCUACUUAAAGGAGUUCAGAGAUUAUCCUACCUUACGCUCCUCCAUACUCCCCUUCAUCCUUUAGAGCCUGGUAGAGAAAAACAGUUGCUACACACAUCCAGCCCCCCCUCGCCCCCCCUUUCCCUCACCGAUCAGGCCCCUCCAUCCAUCGGGCUGUCAGAAUGCGUGUGCUGAGGUUGACAUCACGGAUGGAUUUUGGUCACACGCGUUUCAUGUACAGUAAUACUUCCUUACAUGUCACUCUGUAACAAGCAGCGGCGGUUGCAGUUACUCUGAGUGUUGGACUGGUGAAUGCAGGACUGUUACAGGCAAAGGAAGCCUUCAGAGUUAAAUUUAAAUGCAGCAAAGUCUUAAUUUAAUGUUGUAUGUGAUCUUGAAGAGCAAGAGGAUGAAAAUAUGUCCUUUUUAUUUUGCUACUGUGGUAAGUUGUAAAAUGUUUGACGGAGGGCGUUGUUUAGUUUUUAAAAUAUCACAUUAUUUCCAUAGCUUUUGGCAGACUAAUCAGUAGGUUUCCCACAGAGCUGGGAAACCAAGAGGCUAAUCUGCAUUGUCAAACUAGUGUGCAGCCUGGAGCUGACAGCGUUGUGGAUCAGUAUUCUACUGAUCUGACUGAUCCAAGUGACCUUUAUACUAUGGUACUGCUAUUAGUCCUGGAUUAGAAAUUGUAUGCUGAUUCCCACAUUUUCCACCAUAGCUGAAGAAAACUUUUUUUUUUUUUCUGUACAUAGAUCAAGAGUAUUUCUCACAUUGAAAAAUAAUAGAAAAAAAAAAGGAUCUGCACCCUGCUGAUAACAUUCACAUACAGUUAAACUACAAAAAUCUUCUUACUUCGAUAAACUUAUAUGAUGAAAAAAGUGUGCAAUUGAAAAGUAAACAGACCAGGUUUCAGUUAUCGAACCAUCAUCACAUAUGUCCGCCUUAUCUGAGUUGUGCAGAUCCUUUUUCUACUCUAUUAUUUUUGUACUAAUCUGAAGAUUUGUGCAGCGACAAAACAGUUGAAUACAAUCAGAAACUUGCCACGAUGGUGCUUCACCACAUUGGAUACAGGUCAUUGGAAAAAAACACAUUCAAUGACAAUUUAAUUCCCUGCUAUUCCAUUUUCACUGAAUGUGCAUUUCACAGAGUGCUGCAUCAACUCAACCUUCAGAUUAAACAAGGAACUUUGGUUUUAUUGGGGGAAAAAAACACAUGCUGCAAUCUAUGUAUGUUUAUCUGGAGUGGAAACUUUGUACAAUAUUUUAUUGAGACUGAAAAGGGCCAUCACCA